AUGGAGCACGUCCAGCAGUUCUUCGAGCGGGAGUGCCCACCGAGCCGAGAUAAAGUAUCAUUCUUCCACACCUGCAUAGAGGCGGAGAGCACGACCCGCACGCGCGACAUCCAGGCGGUCACGACGUACGUCCCCGGUCUGGCCCGCGGCCCUGAGGAGGACAAGCGCCGCGUGUUGGCGGAGGUUUGCCGGAGGCUGAGCACCGACGGGCGCACGCUGGAGUGCGACGCGAACGGACGCGUGGUCGCGACGGUGGAGGUGGACGGGGGGCCGUGCGGGCCGGUGGACUGCACGCCGGUCGUCGAGGCAGAUUGCGAGGGCCCGUCUGCGUUGCAAGGCACGGGCGCGCAUUGCUCGGCGAACUGCCUGAUGCAGGUCGUCCGCCUGGACCACGACGGCGAGGAGAUACCGCAGAACGCCGUGAUCGGGGGGUCUUGGUUCCCGAGUCAGCCGGGGACGAUCAUGCUGGGAAGCGAUGACAGGGCUCACUUCCGGCCGUCGAGUCUACAGGCGUUCCAUGCAAUGGGCACGGCGAGGUCCACGGCGCAGCUCUUCGUCCGGGGGCUCCGCGGCGCGCAGAACGAGCUUCGCACACUCUGCGAGGGCGCGCUCGUCAUUCCCGACCCAUGGGGGAAAGCUGCGCUGUUGGAGAGCGCGGAGCAGGACUGGACGGGGGGCAAGUUCCCGGCGGUGGCGCUGAACGUGCUGCAUGUGUCGACCAGGCCCGACAUGCCGGUGGUGUACCUGACGCUGCCAAAGGGCAUGGCAUGGAAGCCUGCGCUCACGUGCGACGACGGGUACAAGUUUGGCACGAGGAUGACGCGGCUGGGGGCGAGAAUCGUCGACCGCGACGCGUUCGGCCGCCCGCAGCCCGUGACGCCGACGUGGCGGGCGUGCGUGGACAAGCUCGAGGACUACCGCGGGUGCAUCGAGCGCGCUGGGCUGAGCAACCACCAGGAGUGGCGCACGAAGCUGAUGCGGUGCGUGGUCGCGGGGUACGAGAAGUGCAUGGCGUCGCCGGAGGCCAUGAUCGGGGUCGACGCGGAGAUCGAGCGCCUCAUCAGGGCGGCGUUCGGGUCUGGGCUCGACAUCCAGAAACGCGACGACACCGAUAGGACGACUGGUGAUCCCCCCGUCGGCGCGGGCGACAGGGGCGAGGAGGGGGCGCAGGCGGGCUCGAGUCGGGGCGGGCCGAGCGGCGGCGGACAGCGCGGCGGACGCGGGGGCGGCAGCAAGGGCAAGAACAAGAAGAAGAAGCGUUGCAAGAAGUGA